AUGGGAUUACUAUUGCUAAUCCUCAGGGUCAAGUGUAUGAUGGCAAGGCUGAGUCUUUCUUUUGUUCUCAUCCGAUUCAAGCUGAGGCAUUUGGGCUCCUCAAUGCUAUCUUGCUUGCAUCGCAAGAUCCAGUUCCUACUUGCAUUCAUCCAGAUUGUCAAGUGUUGA